UUCCUUCUUUUCCUCGCUCUCGCCUUUUGUUUGUUCACAGGCCUAGCCCGCAGCAAAGCGAAAUAACUGACUCUCAUAGCUCUUGCACGUUCAAAGGAAGGGGGAAAUUUUACAGCCCUUGUCAUCAGCCCUCAAAAGAUGACGGAGGCCAUGUUUGGGACAGGGAGCGAUCAGUGGGUCUGUCCCAACGACCGGCAGCUGGCCCUUCGAGCCAAGCUGCAGACAGGCUGGUCUGUCCACACCUUCUGUACAGACCGACAGAGGAAGAGCCAGAUGCUGGAGCAGCAGGAGAUGGAGAACAUCCUUAGUGUCAUCCACAGGGCUGAGGAACUGGAACAGAUUGAACAGCUCCGCAUCGGGAGGCUGGUGGAGCGUCUGGACAACAUGAGGAAAAGUGCGAUGGGAAACGGCCUUUCCCAGUGUCUGCUGUGUGGGGAGGUCCUGGGCCUCCUUGGAACCCCCUCCGUCUUCUGUCAGGACUGCUGCAAGAAAGUGUGCACCAAGUGUGGCAUAGAGCCCCAGUGCAGUCAGAAGAGAACUCAGUGGCUGUGCAAGAUCUGCAGUGAACACAGAGAGGUGUGGAAGCGCUCUGGAGCCUGGUUCUACAAGUUCAUGCCCAAGUACGUGUACCCUGGGAAGGAGGGGCCGAGUGGUGCUCCUCUGGGACUGCGAGGAGCCAAUGGAGGAGGGCAGAAGAUGGCCAGGAGUUCCACUGUCAGCCGCACCUACACAUGGGCACACAGCAAAGUGGUGUCUAGUGGCAGCGACAGUGAGUCGGACCAUGGUGAGGGAAGCGUGAAGAGCAAGGUGUCCAGCCAAGGUCUCCCUGAGGGCAAGCAGCGUACUGACUCAGUGUUCAGUGGGGGGUGGAUUGGGACACCCACAGGGCUGGGUUGGGGUCCACAGGGCAGCCUGCUGUCAGAAAGCCGCUCCGGCCUAGCCAGCGAGCCCCCCCACAGCACCACCCCCCCAGCAGCCCCCCCUGAGGACUACGACACAGACCACAGCUUCCCCUCCCCGACGUUGACUUUCCCGACUGUGACCAUGCAGAACGUGGAGCCUUAA